AUGACGAACCCACAAGACAACCCUGGAACUCCUCCACAACUAACUUCCUCUGAUUCAUCUACCACUCUUUCACCUACCACGACUCCCCAACCCAGGCGAAGGAGAGUAAAAAUGCUUGCUCGCAGAACGGUGGCAUCUGGUACUAUUUCAAAGAAAUUAAAUGAAAAAUUAAAGGUAAGUCAGGCCCAAGAUUCUGAUUCUGACUCUGAGUCUGAUUUGUUCAAAUCUGCUAGUGAGGGGGAAGGACCUGGGUCUUCUGACUCUGAGAAGGCUCAAAAAUCCCUUUCUAAGUCAGGAAGGAGUGGAGGUAAAAAGAAAUUUCAAAAAGAAAAAGAGAGCGAGGGUGAAUGUGGUGACGUGAGGGGAAAAGGGAAAGGAGUGGUUGAUCAUUCACCCACUACUGAAUUGCCUAUACCUGCUAUUUAUGGGGUUGCACAAGAAACUGUUGAUGAAAGUAGGUGCAAGUUACGAUCCAAAGAAAAGAAGAACUCCCACACCAAAACCCCCAGUGCUGCUAAACCUUCCAAGAAACGAAAGGCUUCCUCCCCAACAACUACAGAAACUACCUUGCCAAAGGGAAGAGCAACAAGAAGUAGGGUGAAACAGAGUGAGAGAGACCUACAACAGGCUGUGGUUGAAAGUAAUAAGAAAAUUACGGAUAAAGGAAAAGAUAAGGUUGCAGAGUCCUCUGAAGCAGUUGAUGUUGAGGAGAUAGAAUAG